AUGACCAAAUCAACAUCAGACAUCUUCAUGAGCAUAAAACCAGAGCAUAUGCAAAACAUAGCCUCAGGAUCCAAAAACCACGAAUACCGCAGUUACCUCCUCCCACCAAGCAUCCAGCAUAUCUGGUUCUACACCACCAGUCCUAUCAAACAAAUUGAAUACGUUGCCCGUAUCUCUCCAGGUAAAAUCCCAGGAGAAGUCUCCGACGACGGAGGUAUCGGUAACGCAGAGUUCAACGCCGGGUUGAAAAAGUCCAAGUACGGAUAUGAGGUUCUGGCGCUGUGGAGGUUGAAGGUGGCUGUUAGUCUGGAGAUGGCUCUUGUUGAAGGAUUCUUGAAGGGUGCGCCGCAGAAGUAUUGUUGGGUUUCUUUGGAUUUCUUGGAGAGAUUUUUGUUGGAGAGGCAGGAAUUGUUGUUUUCGAGGAUGGAUGAGGUUCAUAGCAGGGAUAGUUGA